CUAUUUAUUACGUUGUCUGUAAUACUCCCUAGUCAGUUGCUUCUGAGGAGCUUUGAGAAGACUACAGAUCUAGAAUUAGAUCAGAAAAAACUUGGCAUUACCGAAAUGUCUGGAUUCAUCUGUGGAUAUGUUUCUUCAGUGUUUUAUUUGGGUUCUCGUUUUCCUCAGCUUUAUAAAAAUUUCCAGAGAAAAUCUACAGAGGGAACUUCCUAUAUGCUAUUUGUAUUGGCAAUGCUUGGAAACUUCACAUAUGGAUUAAGUCUUGUUUUGAAGUUACCAGCUGUUCGACACAAUAAGAACCAAUAUGUUAUACAUCAUUUGCCCUGGCUGAUUGGCAGCUUUGGUGUUCUUGUCCUGGACUUUUUUAUGACUGCACAGUUCAUUGUAUAUCGAAAGCACAAGACAACACAAUCCAACUUGCUGGCCCUGGAAGUAGAACCUUUGCUUGUAGAUGAAGAAGAAACCUGA